GUUGACCCGGUGCUGUAGGAUCGUCUCGUGUAUAAAUGAUCGCCAAGAGUGUAAAAGUUCUUCUUAGAUAAGAGUACUUUCGAAGAAGGGAAUGCUUCGAGUAUAACGCGCUCGUAAAGAAGGCACCAUGAAUCAAGUUCUUCUGUUAUCCGUGUUUGUCAUCGUGUUCGUGUCCGUGGCCGUGUCCGUAUCCGCGUCAACCAUACCACCCAGCCAGACACCCGAGGAUCCCUUCAUCGCCCUCAUCGACGCCAUAGAACAAGCGACCUUCUUCUCCACGCUUCCGGAACACGAGAAGGUCAUAACCUUUGAACUUCUGGCGGCGGCGGAAACCGGAAAUUUGAAAUCCUUGUUGGACAGACUUGGAUAUAUCCAGCUAUUUACGUACCUAGAUCAUUUAUCAAAGGAUUACAGUCACAAGUUUAUUGCAUAUUCGAUACCGUAUUUGAAGAAAGAACUCGACGUUUGAAGAAAGAAUUAUCUCCCUUGGUACGAAACGUGACGUACAUGGCAGCAACACUUGUGUGUAUAUAUCACUACAUGACUGGUUAUUGAACACACGGCUUGUAAUUUAUGUUUUACAAUAAAGUUUUACACUUUAA